UAUACUACGUCAGCAGUUGCUCUUGCUGGUCUCAGGAGUCACAGAAGCCUGUAUCCUGGCGGUGUACAUAAGCUCCUUCCAAGAUGGAUAGGGGCAGGCUUACUGAGUAUAUCUGGAGCUGUUGGAGCUGGAGGCACCGUUUCUGUCAGAAAGUGACAGCUUCAUCUGAGAACUUCCAUGUUGGUGAAAAUGAUGAAAAUCAGGAGCGUGGUAACUGGUCCAAAAAAUCAGAUUAUCUUCUUUCCAUGGUUGGCUAUGCAGUGGGAUUGGGCAACGUGUGGCGAUUCCCUUACCUGACCUACACCAAUGGUGGAGGUGCUUUCUUGAUACCCUAUGCAAUUAUGCUAGCAUUGGCUGGCUUGCCUUUGUUCUUCCUUGAAUGUUCACUGGGACAAUUUGCUAGCUUAGGUCCAGUUUCAGUUUGGAGGAUUUUGCCACUGUUUCAAGGUGUGGGAAUCACGAUGGUCCUGAUAUCCAUUUUUGUGACAAUUUAUUAUAAUGUCAUCAUUGCCUACAGUCUUUACUACUUAUUUGCUUCUUUUCAAAGUGUACUGCCAUGGGCUAAUUGUUCUUCUUCUUGGGCAGACGAUAACUGUAGCAGACAACCAAUAGUAACUGGCUGUCGUGUGAGCACAGACACAGGAGGAGACAUGUUUAUGAAUAUAAGCUGGGUAAAUAGCAACAACUUCACCUGCUUGAAUGGUAGUGAAGUUUUUCGGCCAGGACAACUUCCCAGUGAACAGUAUUGGGAUAAAGUGACGCUUCGGAGGUCAAGUGGAAUGGAUGAAACUGGCGUAAUUGUGUGGUACUUAGCACUUUGCCUUCUUCUAGCUUGGAUCAUAGUUGGAGCAGCACUAUUUAAAGGAAUCAAAUCCUCUGGCAAGGUGGUAUAUUUUACAGCUCUUUUCCCGUAUGUGGUCCUUCUCAUUCUACUAAUACGAGGUGCAACUUUGGAGGGUGCAUCAAAAGGCAUUUCAUAUUACAUUGGAGCACAGUCAAAUUUUACAAAACUCAGAGAAGCUGAGGUUUGGAAGGAUGCUGCCACUCAGAUAUUUUAUUCCCUUUCUGUGGCUUGGGGUGGCCUAGUGGCUCUGUCAUCUUACAACAAGUUCAACAACAACUGUUACUCUGAUGCCAUUAUAGUUUGCUUGACCAACUGCCUCACUAGUGUGUUUGCUGGAUUCGCCAUUUUUUCUAUUCUGGGACACAUGGCUCAUAUAUCCGGAAAGGAAGUCUCUCAAGUUGUAAAAUCAGGAUUUGACUUGGCAUUCAUUGCUUAUCCGGAAGCACUAGCUCAACUCCCAGGUGGUCCAUUCUGGUCCAUAUUAUUUUUCUUCAUGCUUUUAACAUUGGGUCUGGAUUCUCAAUUUGCUUCUAUUGAAACAAUCACAACAACAAUUCAAGAUUUGUUUCCCAAAGCAAUGAAACGCAUGAGGGUUCCUAUAACUUUGGGAUGCUGCUUGAUUUUGUUUCUCCUUGGUCUCGUCUGUGUGACUCAGGCUGGAAUUUACUGGGUUCAUUUGAUUGAUCACUUCUGUGCUGGAUGGGGGAUCUUAAUUGCUGCCAUCUUGGAAAUUGCAGGAAUCAUCUGGAUUUAUGGAGGAAAUAGGUUCAUUGAAGAUAUAGAAAUGAUGAUUGGAGCAAAAAGAUGGCUAUUCUGGCUUUGGUGGAGAGCUUGUUGGUUUGUCAUCACUCCUAUACUGUUGUCUGCAAUUCUAGUCUGGUCACUGGUGAAAUUUCACAGACCUAAUUAUGCUGAUAUUCCAUAUCCUGACUGGGGAGUCGCUCUCGGAUGGUGUAUGAUUAUUUUCUGCAUUAUUUGGAUACCAAUUAUGGCGAUCAUAAAAAUAGUUCGGGCUGAAGGAAACAUCCUUCAGCGUAUCAUAAAAUGCUGUAGACCAGCUUCAAACUGGGGUCCAUACCUGGAAAAACAUCGUGGAGAGAGAUAUAAAGACAUGGCUGAACCUGCAAAGGAGACUGACCACGAAAUACCUACUAUUAGUGGCACUAGAAAACCAGAAUGAGAUGUCACUUUUGAAAAUAUCGAAUUGUUCUAUAAUGUGAUUUUGUAGAGUAGGGGGAAUUUUUAAUUUAUUUGUAUGUUAAUCAACUAGGGGGAUGUACUUGCCAUGUUCAGUACAGGAUUGUAAGUACUUUUACCACUUAAUCAAGAAUGAAAUGUUAAAAUGUGAAUUUAUCAGUCUUUAGUAUUAGGAUUAACUAUUUGUUAGUUCAUAUACCCAGUUCUGUUUUGCAAUAACAUUUUGUAAAUAUUACUGUAAUGUUUUUUUGUUUUUGUUUUAGUUUGGUUUUAGUGUACUGAAGGUCUCCUGUGAGAUGCUUACUUAGGAAGUAGUCAUACUUUGUACUUUGUGAUUUUAAACCCAUUGUUUCUGUGUCUUAAUAUGGACCUUUCUCUUUCAUAGAAUGGAGGAAAUAAUGUCAGCAUAUUUAAAAGCAAGUGUUACACAGGUAAAGUCCUUACUUAUAAAUGUCACGAAUAGGGCCCGGGGAGAUUGCUCAGUGACAGGAGUAAUGGCUCUUGCAGAAUACGUAGGUUCAAUUCUUAACAUGAAGGUGACUAAUACCAUCUAUAACUCUAGUUUCAGGAGACCCAAUGUCCUCUUCUGACCUCUAUGACACUCACAUGCAUGGUGCAUAUACAAACAGGCAAAACACCCACACACAUAAAAUAAAAAUGAAUAAAUGUCUUUAUCCAAAGAAGUGUCACACAUAUGCAGGAAAAGUACUGUAUGUGAUACGAGGAUUGAUGUUUAAUAUAUGAUCCAAAUAUGUCUAAACAUGUUAUCAAUUUAUUAUGUAUCAUGUUUUCUAUUUAAACUUUGCAGUUAUACUCUUUCUUUAGAGUGAAAUGAUACAAGGAACAGGGAGCCAGAAAGUGAUAAGCCUAGGAAAUGAAAUAUUGAAAUUCUGAAUACUUAUUACCCUUCAGAAUAUCUUUAUUCAUUAAGUUGUAUUUGGAAUAAAACCAUGACACAUUUAAUUUUUAUUGUGUUUCAGAAAACAAGUAGUUCAUUAAAUUCUCCGAAUUGUAGAUUCAACUGCAAAUAGAAUUUGUAUGAAAUUGUUACUAACAAUGUGACUUUAAGUAGGGCAUUUUUGAUAAUGAUAUAUGUCUAACAGAUCGGGGGCAAUAAACUUGCCUUUUAUAGAUUUGUUUUUGCCUAAGAAUAAUAAAGUAUUCACAUAUGAAUUGAUGCUAAUUGUCAAUUGUCACCAAUAAAAGUUUUAUACCCUGUUUUCCUCACAAA